CUGCUUUUUGAGAUGUAUUCCAAUAGGGAAAAGAUUAUGCUACCCAUGAAGUUUCUUUCUUGGCUUAUAGCAGUUUCGAUGAUUCUUUUGAUCCUCUCGUCGUUGUCCCUUCAUCAGUUCAGCAAUAAUUAUGACAAUUCUUCCAUAGCCAGAUCAGUUUUUAAUUUUAUUUUGAAUAAUAAUUCAUCGAUUCACUUGAAAGAUACUAACAUUCACGAAGUGGGUUUUCAAGUUUCUGGUCACACGAUGAAUAUGGAUGAAAUGGGACAACUCCAUGGGUCAGUAUGUGACCAAAGUCGGGCACUUCUUAGGGUAUAUAUGUAUGACUUGCCCUCUGAUUUUCACUUCGGGCUGUUAGGUUGGAAAGGCAAUGCAAAUCAGGCAUGGCCUAGUGUAAGUAUUCCUAAUAGGUAUCCACCAUAUCCUGGUGGUUUAAAUUUACAGCACAGCACAGAGUAUUGGCUUACUCUGGAUCUUCUUGCAUCAAAUACUGCAAAUGUAGAUAGACCAUGCAGUGCAAUCAGAGUGCAGAAUUCAAGUGAAGCGGAUGUAAUAUUUGUACCCUUUUUCUCGUCCCUGAGUUACAACCGGCACUCAAAGGUCCAAGGACAUGAAACAGCUAGUGUUGAUAGAAUGCUGCAGGAUAAAUUGGUGCAGUUUUUGAAAGGUCGGGUAGAGUGGAAGCGUUUGGGUGGGCGGGAUCACUUGAUUGUCGCCCACCAUCCAAAUAGUAUGUUAUUUGCAAGAAAUAAGUUGGGGUCGGCUAUGUUCGUGCUUUCAGAUUUUGGAAGAUACCCUACAAAACUAGCGAACCUUGAAAAAGAUGUAAUUGCACCUUACAAGCAUAUGGUGAGAACGAUCCCGAUUUCUAACUCACCAUCAUUCAAUGAACGGUCUAUAUUGAUGUAUUUCCGAGGAGCAAUUUACAGGAAAGAUGGUGGAGCCAUCCGUCAAGUACUAUACAACCUACUUAAAGACGAGAAAGACGUUUACUUUGCGUUUGGAAGCGUUCAGGCUAGUGGGAUAAAACAGGCAGGGAAAGGGAUGGCCUCUUCCAAAUUUUGCCUGAAUAUUGCUGGAGACACCCCUUCUUCAAAUCGUCUCUUUGAUGCCAUUGCUAGUCAUUGUGUUCCUGUAAUAAUCAGUGAUGAAAUCGAGCUACCCUUUGAAGAUGUUCUCGACUACUCAGAAUUCUGUUUAUUUGUCCGUGCAUCGGAUGCUUUGAAAAAGGGUUAUCUUCUGAAUCUACUCAGAGGGAUUAAGCAAGAGAACUGGACGAAAAUGUGGGAAAGAUUAAAGAAUGCCAGUCGACACUUUGAGUAUCAGUGUCCAUCUCAGGCUGGUGAUGCUGUGGAUAUGAUUUGGCAGACUGUUUCUCGCAAGAAAUCGGCCACACAAUUAAGUGUUCACCGGAAGAACAGAUACAGCAGAUCACAUUCCUCUUAAGUUCUCUGUUUAGGCUGCCAUUCCAGGUGAAGGCGCAAUAUCCAGAGGGAUGCUCAAGUCCUGCAGUGCAACAUCCUUCAGAACCCGAGAACUUCUGAGAACUAACAUUUCUCCUGGUCCCCAUCGCAGAGCAAGAUCUAUGCUUCUCAGGCAAGAAACCCUCUCUGGUUGAAUAGAGAAAAAUCCAAUACAAAAGAUGACUAGGAUAGUCAGCUUACUGGCAGAGAAACUCAUUUUGCACUAUAGAAACAGAGAAUUUCUUCUGUAAGAGAAUAAAUGCUUUGUCUGAAAUGAAACCCUCUAUUCCUCUGUAUAUAAACCUGGGGAAUUUUGUCU